GACAUGUUUCCUCGUCGAGAAGCUCAGCGCUGUGAAGCAUAGAGGUGGCAGCAAAGUGGAGCACUGGUGUGCACAGUUACAGCGGGCUGUUGCAGCAAGGCAGCAUCAUGGAGGCUGGAUGCGUGGUUGCCGCGGUGAUUGAGAAUGCUGCCUCAGGACCCCAGGGACAACCAGGAAGUAGUGACGCCCUUGAGGGGUGAUGAUCCACUACCAUCUCCUGACCUGGACAAAGACGAUGCCUUACCUCAAGCUUCUAGCAGUAAUUCUCAAGAAGAGAAUCAACCACAGGAGACGUCCACUGCCAUGGUUAGGAGCGAUGACAUCACAGAACAUCCAGCUGAGCCCCUCUUGCGCUCCUGCGUCAGCACAGCCAGCAUGAAGGUCAAGAACAUGAAGAAGUUAACAUUCCCCAGAGGUCACUUCCCCAGACUGGCAGAGUGUGCUCAUUUCCACUACGAGACUGUUGAUUUUGGCAACGUUCAGCUGGCCUUUGCAGAGGGUCAGACUGAAGGACUAAAGGCUGGUCUGGACUCCAAGGAACUGGUCUUUCUGGUCCAGAUCACUUGCCAGGGUCGAAACUGGCUUGUGAAGAGAUCUUAUGAAGACUUUCGGGUGCUGGACAAACACCUGCACUUGUGUAUCUAUGACCGCCGUUACUCCCAACUUGCUGAGCUGCCACGAUUCAACACCUUACAGGACACUGUUGAGUCAGUAACCACAAUGUUGGCAACCUACCUGUCCCGCUUUUCUGCCAUUGCUGACAACAAAAUCAACUGCGGUCCAGUUCUAACAUGGAUGGAGAUCGACAACAAAGGGAAUCAUCUGCUGGUGUCUGAAGAAGCUUCGAUCAAUGUCCCCGCCAUCGCUGCUGCCCACGUUACCAAACGUUACACAGCUCAGGCCACGGAUGAGUUAACCUUUGAGGUGGGGGACAUUGUGUCGGUCAUUGACAUGCCUCCCAAAGAAGACACAGGCUGGUGGAGAGGCAAGCAUGGCUUUCAGGUUGGUUUCUUCCCCUGCGACUGUGUUGAGCUGAUAAAUGACAAGAUUCCCCCCAGUGUUCAAAACUCAGUGCCGAAGCCAGUGUGUAAGAAGCAUGGAAAGCUUGUAACAUUCCUGAGGUCCUUUAUGAAGUCUCGGCCGCCACCACAGAAGCUCCGGCAGCGCGGUAUCCUCCGAGAGCGAGUGUUCGGCUGUGACCUUGGGGAACAUCUCCACAAUUCAGGGCAUGAAGUCCCACAGGUGGUUAAGAGUUGUGCUGAGUUCAUUGAGAAGAAUGGAGUUGUGGAUGGAAUCUACAGACUCUCAGGAAUCUCCUCUAACAUUCAGAAGCUAAGGCACGAGUUUGACUCUGAACAGAUCCCAGACCUGAGCAAAGAUGUCUUCAGACAGGAUAUUCACUCGGUGGGAUCCCUCUGCAAGCUGUACUUCAGAGAGCUACCCAACCCUUUGCUCACUUACCAGCUCUACGACAGAUUCUCAGAGGCCGUUUCUGCAGCCACAGAUGAGGAGAGGCUUGUCAAAAUCCACAAUGUCAUCCAGCAGCUUCCUCCUCCACAUUACAGGACUCUGGAGUUCCUCAUGAGGCACCUCUCCCGCUUGGCUACUUUCAGUUCCAUCACUAGCAUGCACACAAAAAACCUUGCUAUUGUCUGGGCACCGAACCUCCUCAGGUCCAAACAGAUAGAGUCGGCCUGUUUUAGUGGUACAGCAGCGUUUAUGGAAGUACGUAUCCAGUCUGUGGUGGUGGAAUUCAUUCUUAACAACACUGAGACUCUAUUCAGCUCUAAACUCAAUGCUAUCAUAAGAGAAAGUACUGGAAACAACACCUUAUCUAGACCAAAGUCCCUGAUGGUCUGCUCCCCGUCCACAAAGUUGCUGUCUUUAGAGGAGGCCCAAGCUCGCACUCAGGCGCAGCUUGGUUCCCCGGCUACCACCCCCAGCUUCACCCACAGUGACUACAUCGAGGUUGGUGAAGGACCUGAAGCUCUCCUUGGCAAGUUCCAUACAGUCAUCGAGCUCCCAGUGGAGAGCAUCAAACGGCCACCUGCUAAAGCUAAAAAGUCUCCUGUGGGGAACUGGCGUUCCUUUUUCCACCUGGGCAAGUCCCACUCUGUGUCCAAACGUAAACUGAAGCGACAUCCCAGUGAACCUAAUGAGAUAAAGAGCAUAGCACUGCCAGGUGGACGAGGAGAUAGCGGCACAUUGAGGUCUACUAAAAGCGAAGAAUCUCUUAGCUCUUUGCAAAAUUUAGAAGGGGAACCUCAGAGUUACCGUCCUCUCAGACCUCGUUCAACUAGUGAGGCCAUUUCUGCCCUCAGUAGAGACAAUCUACACAACAUCAGAAGCAAAGAUGACCUCAGAACCCACCAACUGAAUGACAGUCAUAAUGAUGGAGUCCGCACUGCAGCAUGUGUUUCCCCUCCACACCCGGAGGAUGACCUUGACCUUUUCCCCCCAGCUGCGGGCAUCUCUACUUUAGACUUUGACCCCAUGUCUUUUCAGUGCAGCCCACCGUCAGCAACUCCUGCACCGCAGCGCAGCAGAGAUGGAAAUAGGCGGAGCAGGAACGUAGGGUGUUCCAGUGAAUCAGAGCCCAUCUCCUCUCCUAACAACAACAUCAGCUACUCACACUCUCCAGAUGUCAGCCCAGUUCUUGGUAAAGGCGGGAAGAAAGUGACCUCUAAGCAGAUUUCUCCCAAACUGAGGAAGAAAUCAUUUAAAAUGCUGGCAGAUGUUCAGAUGGUAUCUGCCUCUCUGCCCUCUGUUCCAUCUUCCUCUUCCCAAAUGGAUAAAUGUGAAGCUCCAGUGGCAGAUGGAAAAGAGGCCAGAGCAUCCUUUCAGCACUGCAGCCCACGGAGCUCAGCAAGUCAGGCAUCAGCCAUGACAGACCUCAGUCAAUCUGCACAGAACCUGCCUGAUCCAGGAACAGAUAGACUUAUGAGUUCAGUGUCUGUUCUCCCUCCUCACCCUCCCCUGACGAGUGCUGCACGCAAGUUGGCUUUGGCUCUGGUUGAAUCUGCCCAAAAGGCCAGCAGUGGCUCCCAAAGAAGAAGCAAUACUCCACUGCACCCUCUUCAGAGACAGGAGGGACCUCACAGCGACAACAGACCACCACGGCCCUCUGUCCUCGAUCUUAAAGUACCUCCUCCAGAGUACCACAACCCUCACGUCUCCUCUGUUUCUCAUUGGGAAGCAUCAGUGCACAGGCCCAUGGAGACCCAUUGCUGCUCUCAUCCUGUUCAUUUCCUACCUUCGCACCUCUGCUCGGAGCCGCUGCAGGUCACUGAUGGUCAGGAAAGCAUGUGCAAUUUCACACCAAAUGUCAGCCCGCUUGGGUCAGGGAGCUUGGAUGAAGGCAGUGCGGAGAGGAGGGACCGCAGAGAGGAAAAAGAGCCUGGAGAUGUAACCCAAGAGGAGCACACUUAUCAGAGUGUUGGAGUUUCGACACCCUCUCAGCCUGUCUGCUUGGCUCAGAGCCCGUUAGCUUCUCCUGUGUAUGCCAACACAGACUCUGUAGAUGCUUAUAAUUUCCGUGCCGUUCUUGCAGAGUCUUCCAUGCCUGCCUCCAUUGAGGAAGUUUUUCCACGUCCAUUACAGACCGCCUCAGCCCAUUACUACCACCCAGAAGAGGACAGACCUCUGGGGAUGGUUGAGGAUGUCUACAGUAAUCAACAUCACCAUCAUCAUCAUCGGCCAAUUCAUGCAGGACGAGUGCCUGCGUCUCACUGCCCUCGGCCCAGUGCUUUGCCGCUUCACCUCUCUGGGCCGAAAGGUCUGUACAGACAGUCGUCUGAGGGCCGCUGCAGCUCUUUAGGUUUAAGGCACCCUUUGUCCCCUCAAUACAGACAUUACUAUAAAGAUGAGCAGUUUAUCAACCGCUGGCACAGGCAACAAGGGCAAUGGCAGAAGUCAGAGGACCGAGUAGUCGGGCACCCAGCCAUUCGCAGGGCUCGUUCCUUCCACGCCCCUCAGAUUAGUCAUUAUGAGUUGACAGAGACAGAAGUCCUGCCCCCUGACACCAUGUUUUAUGUUGAGGAAAAGACGAGCCAGAAAGCGCCCUACAAAAGGCUGAUUCAGACAGGCCUUCACCCUAUAAGGCAGCAUUUUGAGAAUACACGUGCAGAAUACAACUACAGCCCAUUUUCAGAUGUGAAUCCAGGAGAUGGCUCUCGCUAUUUUAUAGAUCCUUGCCGGCAAAGUGGUAUCCAUCACAGUCAGGCUUACACUGUGCAUUCCACCAGAGAAAGCGGACAAUCAGAUUAUUACAACUACUCUCCACAUCGUGUCCCUCCUGUGAAGAGAGAGCUUUAUGUAGAGAGCAGAGACACUGUUGUCUAUGAGGCUAGGGAUGCUGAGGUUUUUGAAAGAGUCGUAUAUCAACCAGUCAACCAGGAAAAUAAAUCCAGACAUAAAAACACAUAUCAGGCUGUGUCUUCCUGUGAGAGUCCAGUAUUGCCAGCUGACGCCAGCAACAGGGAUAUCAUCCACACAAGGAGCAAGUCAGACCCAGGAAAUGCUGGCCUCCUUUCCACUGACAAGACAGAAAGCCAAAAUCUGGCAGCUACAUCCCCAACCUCACCAAGGUCCCAACAGGCAGACCCUGUGGUCAGCAGACAGCGGUCUGUUCACUGCUCUGGUGCAGACUCGGGUCCACUGAGGCGGAUUCAGAUCAGAGAGGGCUCCUCGCAGCAGCCACUGCUUCGCAAAGUGCCCUCCCUCCCAGAAAGAGGCUGCCCUACCUUCAAAAACAUGGAGCACAAUAACAGAAGCCAUACACGAGGCCAUGACCAGGAUCGAUUAAUGUUGGCCAACGCUGUCAACAGCUACUCUGGUGCUGUGAAACCCAGCAUUCUCAGGAGACCCGGGCGGUCACAGAGCACCAGAGAACAUCGUCACUACUAUCAUUAUCAUGGUAAAUCCCCUUUGGAUCCUGAACAUCUUGGAUCAUUUUCCACACAGCCCAACAGAAGGACUCAGAGCACUAAAGUCAGGCCCACACAAUAUGACCACAUGGAGGGAUAUUACGCAGCACCCCAACAUAAACCUACAAGAUCCAGUAAAGCUGUGGCAGGAUAUUUACCUGGCCAGAGCUGCAUCUCUCCCCACGGGCAGAGACUGUUGUCCAAGGCUCUGGGCCAUGAGGCUAUUUAUCAUGCUGCACUGAGAUCAGAGGCUGGGGUCUACGAGUGAUUCAACAACUACUUUUUAUCCAACUGAUUCCACAUGGGGCCAAAGGAGAACUGCACUUUAUCCUCAGCCAGACCAACAGAGUUGAAAGGGUAUUUGUUUUAACCUUCAGGAGCUGCUACAAGAAGGGUAAAAUGAGGCUGCUGCUUAGACUCUUAUGUUGACAUCACUGGUAGUUACACAUUUUCCAGUGGCUUCUGGGAAAGCUGAAAGGGAACAAAUGAAUUGUAUGCAGAUAUUGUCUUAAAUAUAAGAAUCUUAAAGUAAUUGUAAGGAGCAUGUUUGAGAAAAGGACUACUGACGUGUUUAACUCAAUGUCAAAACUACAUGAAAAUGGAUGACAAGGUAAAACUAACUGGUUUUAUUAUGAAUUUGAAGUUUAGGAAUGUGUAUAAAAUAAAUGUCAUUUUAAAUGUAUUAUAUUUGUAUAAAUAACACACAGCUAACACGUGGCCAAUGUACUGUACAUUUUGUUUUCUAUUCUAGUCUACUCAGACUUCCACAAGCACUUUUGAGGAUAACCAAUUAUGAAACACAUUGUCUUAACGUGGUGUACAUGAAGCCUAUAGAUAUACAGCUAAUAUAUUUUUUCUGUAAGAAACAGCUUGCUCUAAAUCAUUGUUUAAUGCUGGAAAAAUAAGCACUUUUGGGGGGUAAAAUGGAAGAGAACCUAAUGGUUUCUAACUUUUCAUAUUUUUCUUUGUCGUACAUUGUAUAAUGCAAUCUCAGAAUAACAAAUAACGCUAUGAUUUAUCUUAAUUUCAAAGCUACUAUGGCAAAAUAUGCUACAUUUAAAUGCAAAUCAGCUCAUGCAGUUAGGUGGAAAAGUGUAUUUUGUAUUACAUUGUGGUUUUGUCACAAAAUGAGAAAUUCUUUCCUCUUUACAGGGAACUUUUAACAAUGUGGUGUUUUACAUGAAAUAUGAUGUUUAUUCAUUAAAGAUGCUCUUUCAAAUCCAGACAUGUAGAUGAGGACGUUCUGUUAAGACAUGUUAAAUGAGUUAUUUUAGUGGCAAUGAAAAAUAAAAAUAUAUUAUCAGCAA